AUGGAGACCGAGAGGAGCUCCCUCGUCGCCCGGGGCUUGGAGACCCCAAAGAAGGACCUGCAGCUGCGGGUGACCCCGUCGGAGGUGAAGUUCCUGGACGCGCUGGCCGGGAAGGUCUACCGCCUCCCAGUCACCGUACACAAUCUCGGCCGAUGCAAUCAGAAGAUCCGGUUUCAGGACCCUGUCAAACCACAGUUCAAACUGCUUUUGACCAAUCUGGAUAAAGCCCUUGCAUCUGGACUUCAGACGACAGCUAUAGUGGAAUAUCAUCCUGAUAAAGAUGAAGACACCUUCGACCAACUACUUAUUUCAGUAGGAAAUAAAACACUAGAGAUACCUCUAAUUGGGUUGAUUCCAUCCUGUCAACUGGAAAUUGAGUCAGAAGUUAAUUUUGGGAUUUUGGUUGCCAAUAAUAAAGUACAUUGUAAAGAGAUUAACAUCGUUAACCAUGGCACAGUGCCAGGUAUGUUUAAAACAGAAUAUCAAGGACAAUUACCCAUUGUCUUUUUUCCAAAUAAUGGUAUUGUGCAACCCAAGUCAUCAAUGGUUAUUAAAGUGGAUUUCUGUGCAGACCAGCCCAUAAUUGUAAAUGAAGUGGCAAAAGUGAGUUUGCAAGAUCGUCCAGAUGUAUUCUUAAAUAUCAAAGCUCAUGUGGUUGAGCAGAUUAUUGAAGUAUUAAACAUGAGUAAUGGUGCAAAGUUGAAAUGCAUAAGGUUUGGUUCUGUUUUCUUUGGAGCUUCAAAGAUUGAACAAGCACUUCUGUACAAUAAUAGCCCAGAACCCAUAAACUGGGUGGCCAUAAUGCAAGAUGAUUCAGUUGGAGAAGAAUUGGGUACAAAUACUCGACAAAGAACAGAUGUUGCUUUAAAUAAUCUUACCUACUUAAGGAAAAUAAAGGACAUAGAUGUUACCACUUUUAUCUCCUGUGUUCCUAAUGAAGGAAGGUUACUACCUUAUCAAAAGAUUAUAAUUACAUUUUGUUUCAGCCCAAAACUAAUCAUUGAUGGUCAAGUGAAUAAUGAUCCUUCACACAGGCAGGACUAUGCUGUCUUUUUAAGAUUUGAGUCUGUAGGAAGUAAAGAUGGAUUUUUGAGAGAUGAUAACAGUAAAACCAUCAAAAGUGAUCGAUUUCAGAAAGUGGAAUUAGCCCUGACAGGUUCAGGACUUCCUGUCUUAUUACAGUUUGAUCCAGGAAGGGUCCUUAAUUUUGCACCUUGUUUCAUCGGUGGACGUUCAGAGAUUCAGUGUGUUAUGCAAAAUCGAUCUAAAUCACUUCCUGUGAUGUACCACUUUAAGAAAACUGCACAUUUUAAAAUUGAUCCUCAAAGGGGCAAGAUUGAUGAAGGAAGUAUGCAGAAUGUGACUUGUUCAUUCAUUCCACAUCAAGUUGGAGUCUUUAAUGUGAAGCAGUUUAUAGAGAUUAUUGGCUCAGUGGCAGAUGAAACUUUGCAGUCGUCAUCACUGAAACCUUUCCAUCAGAUAUGUUUAUAUUUCAGUAGUGUCUGUAAAUCUUCCACCAAGAAAGUUGUGAUGAAAAUUAAUCCUGGUAUAUCCCCUUUGGUCAGUAAUCCUACUGGACAGUUUGUAGUGGAAAACUUGGUGGAAUACAAGGAUCAUGCACCUGUUGCAAUGCUUCAGUCAACUGCAACGCAAAUUCACAAUCAUAGCACAAAUAAAGAGUUAAUAAAGGAUGCAAUGAUAGCCUUUCCCAAUGACCGAGCUGCAAGUAUCAGGUCUGGAGAUGAGCAUAAACAUUUCAGGACAAUUUUCACAAAGAUUCCAAGAUAUACCUAUGUGGAUCCUGAUUUUGCGUAUACUGAAUUUGAAAAAAUAGAUAAGAAAGCACAUGAAAACUCUUACACAAGAUACAUUAAAUAUUUAAGAAAUGUGCGCCUGCAGAAACAAGCACAGAGGAAACAUACAUACUCAUAUAAUGAUAUAGACAUCGGAUUACAACCAGCGUCAGGUCUAAAGUCACCCACACUCUCAGAAGCGGAAAUAGAAGAGGAAUUAUCUUCAGCACAGUGUCGGAUCAAAUGUAACCAGUUGCUAAGUACCAGGAACAUAGCAUCCAAGGAGACAAAGUCUCUGAGAAGAAAGGUUCUCAAAGGACUUAAAUCAGAGCCAUCUACAGCCCAUGAAAAACAUGACUGUGGCUUAAUUUUGACACCAAAGCUAAUUCAUCAAGUGAUUGUUGGGCCCUCUGUCCUUAACUUUGGUGAUGUUUGUGUGAACUCAACAAAUACUCGUUUACUACAUGUUAUUAAUAUGCUCCCUAUGCAUAUUUUGAUCCAGUUAGAUGUUAAUUUGGUAGAACUUCGGAAAACCAACCAAUUUUCCUAUGUGGUUCCACCUACAGCCAGUACUUAUAUUUCAGUGGUGUUUGAAUCUCCCAGCAUUGGAAAAUUUUGGAAGUCUUUCAUCUUUACAGUGAACAAUAUACCCAGUGGGCACAUCCUAGUGAUGGCAGUUGUUCUGCCAGUCAGACUGGAGCUAUCUUCUAAUGAGCUUGUAUUGAUACCACAUGGCUUCUUGGUGAAAACAUGCUUCAGGGGAACGGUUAGGUUGUAUAACCAUCAGAAUUACUUUGUCAAAUUUGCAUGGCAACCAGUAAAUGCAGGAAAAAGGAUAGCAUUUUCAAUUCGUCCAGCUAAAGGCACUGUUGAACCACAUUCCUCACUGGAGUGUGAAGUAACAUGGCAGCCGGAUUUUGAUUCGCCAGAAAAGGGAGAGUUUCUUCUUCACAUCGAUGAAGGAAACACGCUGACACUGAAAUGUUUUGCACGUCUUGGUCAUACCAAGGUCAGAUUUUUAGAAACAAGCUUAUCCUUCAGUAAUAGCCCUCAAGGGUUAACAACUUGGAGGAAAGCCACUCUUCACAAUGUAGGACCAAACCAUGCUUAUUUCAAGAUUUGUGACCAGAGUCUUUUGUCUACAAUUAAUAUUAUUCCAUCACAAGGAAUAAUCCCAUUGGGAGGGCUAACUGUUCUCAAUAUCUCCUGUACAUCUACGGUGGCAGAAAAAUUUGAUACAAGAGCAAAGGUUGCUAUUCGCCAUGGAAAUGACAUAGACCUUAGGAUUGGGGGGUCUGUUGAGAUUGCUGAUGUCGAAAUCAGUCCGGAUGUAUUUAACUUCAGUGGCACAUAUGUUGGCGCUACCCAGAUUAUUCCAUUUUUAGUAAAAAACAAAGGUAUAACACGUGCCAGAGUAGAGUUUAAUCUAGAAGACUUUGAAGGUUUUUCAGUGCAUUUUAAAGACAAAUCAGGGAAAUUCACAGACCCUGCAUUUCCUGCCAUAUAUUUUUUGGAGUUAGAGAAAGAGACAUCUCUGGAGUGUGGCAUGGUUUUUUCUCCCAAAGAAGUGGCGACUUACAAGUUUAGCAUUCAAGUUCGAAUUAAUUUCUUCGCGGCUUCAGAACUUUAUACCCAAUGUUGUAAGUCAAAUACUGCUAUGAUACCCAAGACAGCACCACUUAUUCGACCAUGUUACAUUCAAGCUACUGUGUUGCAAGCCCCAUUGAGAUUAUCCAGCACUGAUUUUAUGUUUGAAAUCCUAUCACAUACUAUGGAUCCUAAUAACAGGAUCACAAAAACUCAGGAUCUUGUCUUACAUAAUGUUUCCAAAAAAGAUGUAAAGUGGACUUUGAAAACUAGUAAUACUGGCAAACUUUUUAAAAAUGGCAUAUUCAAAUUUAGCAUGCUGAGUGGGACUCUGAGACCAAAUGAAGAGUGUAAUGUUUCUAUAAAUUUCUGUCCAAAACUUCCUAGAAAAUACACAGCUGAUAUUCCUGUACGUUUAAAUGAUAAUCCACUUUGCUAUCGAAUGUUGUGUCUGGUUGGAGAGGUGAAAUUACCCAAGUUAUUGUUUGACCCUCCUUUCAUAUUUUUUACUCCUGUUCCUUUGAAUGUAACAACUGUGAUGGAUAUCAACAUUUUACCUCAGAGCUAUUUCAGAGAUUCAACUUUAAGUGUCCAGAUUCCCCCAGCAACGCUUCUUAAUGGUGAUGAGAUUCAGCCUCUUUCUGCGAAUUUCCCAAAAGGCCAAGUCAUCACAGGCUCUCCCAGUGGAACUAAUGCUGCGCUAACAUGCCACUUCAGCUUCAAAUCAUCUAAACCUGUGUCAUUUUUCACCCAUGUUCUUUUCUGCGAUAACAGCGAUAACCGGUUUUCACUUCCAGUUGCUGCAACAGCAGAAAACUGCAUUCUUACUAUUUAUUCAUAUAUGGCAAUUCAUCUUGAUAAGCAGAAAAUUAUUGUAAAGAAUGAUAAGGAUGCCAGUUCUGUGAAGACUGAAAGCAAAGUUCUGCUUCCCAGCCGACAGGCUCGAUUACCCUCUCCUGCUCCUAGUAAAUUUAGUGAUGCUGGGACUGCAAAAGGAAGAUUAUUUGUUGGAAUGGAAAUAAUACCUGAAAGAUUGGAGUCAGGCAGAAGUAAAAUGUCAAGGAGAGGCAACAGAUCUGUGGAAAAGGAGGCGAAAAACGAGCAAUUCUUUUUUCUUGAAGAAGGAACAAAAACAUACAGCUUCUUUCAGAAGGUUGUAGAUGCAGCUCAGACCUGGUUCAGUCUCUUUGGCUGGCCUGAAGGACCCCAUUCUCUGUCUAUUCCAGAGACUAUAAGAAGGGAUGUGUAUAAAAUACAAUUCAAGUCAUCAGCCAUAUCACCCCAAAAAUUUUCCAGACAGAAUGACUUUUCCAGAUAUAAUAAGACCAUUUAUGAUGUGAUGCUCCACUUAAGUGGAAAAAUGCUACCUGGAAUUAGUUCAAGUCAGUCUUUACCUGUGAAUUAUCCUGAAAGAGUGAUUCAACUUCAUUUGCAACAUUCUUUACUUCUUGACUUUCUCAAUGCUCAAGGAGCAUGUGUUUCUCAUAUACUACCAGAAUUUCUGCUUGAACUGGAAGAUUAUAAGAAGUGGAUUGAAAUUACAUCUUCCACUAAUACCUCGCCCAAGUUUACCAGUAUACCUAAGGAAAAGAGUACUAUUAUUAUAGAUAUGACUAAGUUUGAAGCCUGGAGUAAACGGUCAUGGACAGAUGUAUUCCUUCAGAUAUACAAGGUUCUGGUACUAUCCCGGGUUGUACCACACAGCAUCAAUAAUCUGCCCCCUAUACAUGUGCAAAAUUCACCAAAAGUCAAUCCUUGUUUUGUAUCCAGCAACAUCUAUUCUAAUUCUGAAAGGAUUCUACUUAGUUGGAUGAACACGAAUUAUGAGAAUUCCAGACAUGUUAUUUGGAAAAACUGUCAAAAAGGUGUUAUUCCGUCUGAAAGAUGGAUAGUAAAUUUUGAUAGAGACCUUGUAGAUGGCCUUGUUUUUGCAACGCUGUUGGGAGCCUAUUGCCCAUUUUUGAUUGAGUCUCAUUUUGUAAAUAUGUACACACAACCAAAAAGUUCUGAACAGUAUCUGCACAAUUGCUUGAUUAUUGUGAAUGUUCUCCGUGAGAUUGGCUUUGACAUGGACAUACAGGCCACUGACAUCUGUGAUCCUAAUCCAAUCCUGAUGCUCAUGUUUUGUGUCUACAUGUAUGAAAGACUGCCUACAUAUCUCCCCAAGAAGGUGGUGCCCUUUCAUUGUACUCUUCAUGACACUGUGCUGACAGAGAUUCUACUGAAAAAUCCAGGCUUCAAGAGAUUAGUGUAUAAUGCUACAAUUGUCGGAAGAGAUGCCUCUGAUUUCUCCCUCUCCCAGGAAGGGAAUGUUGUGACAAUUUCUCCAAAAAACCAAACUACCAUCACUCUGAAAUUUACCAGUCACUUCCUCCAUCCUGCUGAAGCGUCACUGCUGUUAAUUUCCAAACCGAAGAAUGGAAUAGGAGGUAGUACGAUGACUUUUGCCCUCAAGGGUGAAGUCCUCAGUUUUAAAGCCAUUGAUAUUAUAAAAUGUAGAUCCCCAUGUUAUAAAUGGAAAGAAAUCACUGUGAAUGUUAAAAAUCCCUUCCACGCUGCUGGAGACUUCAGUGUCAUUUUGGUGGAAUCCUCAACACUUAUCUCUUUGCCAUCCCAGUUAACUGAAACUGGACAAUUUGUUGACCACAUGAACGAUGGUGGUGCUGUGAGUAGCGGUGAAUGUGACGUUGCUGAAGGCUCUUUCCAUGCCCCAAAUGCCUUAAAAACCUCGAUUAAGUCCCAUUUCAUCAAAGAGUUCUUCUGCUCUACACACACUCUUCACCUGGGACCGAAAGGGACUUCCAACCUGGAGCUCUUCUUUCUUCCCUUUGACAUGCACACGCGCUACUGUGUCAUCAUCCUCAGCAACAAGAAGAUUGGAGAACUAAUAUAUGUUUUGGAAGGAAAAGGUAUGCUCCCCUUGCCUUCCAGAUUAUUUCCAUUGGAUUCUUCAACUCCACUUGACUUCAGCAGUUCUCCUGACAAAGUGCCUACUAACAAAGAUCCAGUUCUAUACCUGAAAUCCAAAUUCCAUCAAAUCCUGGUUGUGGACCUUAAAUUGCCACUGAUAAAUGAAGCCAAGGAAAAAGCCUUGACUUUUGCAGCCCAGCAACAGAUAUCGAAGAUAGAGUAUGAGAAAAGGUUGAUCACCGGUACUCUGGAGAGCAGCAGUAUCCGCGUGGCCGUUGCCCUCCUGGGGCUGAGCAAGAUUGAGACUUGUACACUCUUUAAUAUUUCAAAGUUGAAGAAGCCAAAUUCCAUUUCAUACAAUACAGAACUAAGCCUUCCACAAUAUUUUAAUUUCCCCAACACAGUCUGCAUUCCUCAGGUUCCGGGAACUCAAGUUAAAUUGACUCAAUCUCAAGGAAUUAACUCUGCAAAUAAAACAGCUGCAGAUGAAUAUGUUCCAGUUCCUUUAUAUUUCGUUCCUGACUGUCCUGGACGCUACCCUUGUAAAAUUUUGUUGACAUCAAAGUAUGAUGUGCGUGUCUAUUGCAUUGAAGGUGUGGUGAAUGAAGAACAUGCAGAGGCCAGAUUUGAUUUUGAAACACCAGCUUUUAAAGCCCUUACCCACAAUAUUCCAAUAAAUAAUGAAACAAAUAAUGAAUGGAAAUAUCAAGUUACUAUAGAAGGAAAAUGGUUUUAUGGACCUCCUGUUUUACAUGUUGGACCAGGUGAAACUGCACAUUAUCCACUCACAUUCAAACCUAUUUUGGAAUGUGUGAUUAUGGGCAGACUUAUUCUACAAAAUGAAGAUGGUAUGGAGCAUGUCUUUGACAUAAAAGGAAUUGGAAAAAGACCCUUGGCCUUGGAGCACAUCACUGUCAACUGUCAAGUGGGGGAAAAAACAAAUAUAUCCAUAAUGGUGCCCAAUUACACAUUGACUAUGCUAACAUUUAAGGUAUCUUCAGAUCUUCCAAUGGUGUGGGGAAAGCCAGACAUCACCAUAGACCCUGAUAAUCCUGCUCCAUAUAUUCUACAUGUGUGCCCUUGGAAACGUGGUGUAUUCAAAGGUUCAAUUUCAUUUUCUGUUAAAAGCAAACAAAAGAAUAAUCCUCAGAAAGACUCAGACCAAGAUAAAGAUGAAGAUCUAAUACCCUUUUUUAUGAAAUCGUUGUCAGAACCAUCCAACAGAUUCAAUGAGGAAUUAUCAGAUGGUACUAUUAACAAUUAUCGAGUCUGGUAUUAUCUUGAGAUCCAUAGCACUCCUGCACCACCCUUAAAAACUACUCAAGUGGAAGGUGCUGCUCUGGAUAAUGUUUGUAUCAAAAUCCCUCUCUUUAAUCCAAAAAGGAAAAUAAUUCACAUAAAGGUGCAGUUAUCGAGUGCUGCGUUUAGUGGUAACAGGAAACUUUCCCUGUUUCCAUUACAAUCUGUCAAGUCCGUCAUAAGGUAUACUCCAGCGACUACAGACUGUAAAGAGGAAAGCAUUAUUUUUCAGCCUCAUACAGGUAUAGAGUUUUGGUAUUUACUGAAGGUAACUACUGAUGGACCAGAACCAACCAUACUGCCAGAAUUAAAUUGUGACCUUGGAAAGUUUGCCACUGAGAUAAUUCAUUUAGACAAUCCUACACAUGAAACUUUAGAAUUGCAAGCAACGAACAGUAAUCCUGAUCAUUUUGUCCUGGAGAUUAACCGGUCACCAUGUACACAACUGAUCAUACCUCCUCACUCCACCAGAGACAUGCUUGUUCACUUUCGUCCUUCUGCUCUUGGAAGAGAUGGUCAUCAGACUUCCAUCGUCUUCCACUGUACUCAGUUUAAAGACUGGAUAUUCUACCUCUCUGGAGUAGGACUAUUUCCCCAGCCUCAAGAAAUAGAAACAAUAACCACAUACCUUCAUUUUCAAUCAUCUAUUCUUAUACCUUUCCAAAAUCCCACCAAGGACGAUGUUUUAAUUGAUAUCAUGCUAACAGCUCAUGAAAAGCCCAAGAAUCUUGUCAUGGCUCAGUACUGGGACAGCUUCUUUGAAAAGACUUCUGCCUUCAAGUUUCGUGGUCUGAGUCAUACAAAAGAAAUUGCAUUGCCUCCUAAAGGGACCUUAGAUAUCCAAGUGUUAUUUGUGCCCCAAGUUAUGAAAUUGCAAAAAACAAUGGUUGUUGUUCAAAUGAAGAAGGUGAACAGAGGAAGUUGGCUUAUUGACAAUUUUAAUGAACCGCACAAAGAGGUGAAAAGGUCUAUGGGACUAGACAGUGCAGAAGUCCAAGAAAUAUGCUGGAUAUACCCUAUUAUUGGAUUCCCACAGGCACCAUAUCCAGAAUGCCCUCAAGUUGUUAUAAACUGUCAAUCCAGGAAGCAGGUAGAAGAAGAGGUGGAAGUCACAGUGGAUGGUGAUUUUUCUGGACAAAAUCCUAUCUUAGAUCUGACAGACUUUAUAGUGAUUCCGAAAAGAGAAUCAUACAAUCUUUAUGAAGAUGCUGAUGAUACAUCUAUGAAACGUGAAUUUGAAUAUGAAAUUCAGUUUGAAUCUGAAGCUGUGAAGGCUAACUUGGAAUCCUGUGUGGCUUUAUAUUUGAUGAAAAAAUCUUAUGAUAUGAAGAAUGAAAGGAUAACAUUGGUCUUCAGUUUGAUAUUCGCACCAAAGAAACCAUUGACGUCUCAUGUUAUACUGGCAGUAGAGUGCCUAACAUACGGGAUCUGGAGGUUUCCCAUGAUGCUGGUUGCUACUGAGCCUGAUGUGGAUGACGUCAUUGACAUCGAAGGGGUUGGUUUAUUUAAGGAAUCUACUAUUGACUUAAGGCUGACAAGUCAGACAAGAAAUCCUGAGCCAUUUACUGCAUACUUCCUACCUGGCAGUGAUCCUGAGUUUUAUGUAAAACCACAGAUUGGAGAACUUCUUCCUUAUGAAGAAGGAACUGAAGGAACUCUCAUCAUUGUGGCUUUUAAACCCCAAAUGUACAGCAGGAAGUACAAAGCAAAGUUAGUAAUAGAGACAGCAGAUAUGUACUGGUUAUAUGAUAUCAAUGGGUUACCUCCAGCUACCAUACCACCAAUAAAUGUAAAAGCCAAAAUUGACAAUACUAACAAGAUGUUUGACAGGAAGCCAGUUCAUCGGCGCAAUUUUAUCUAUGAAAAUUCUCAACUCAUAAGGACGGGGGUAUCUUCUACCAUCAAGGGUGCUCCUUUGAUGUUGAAGAAGAAAUAAAAAAAGUUUUUUCCAAAGUAUUUCUUGGUCUUACGUAGAGUUGAAUAUAUUUUCGUGAU